AUGAGUUGGGAAGGGUUUAAGAAAGCUAUCAAUAGGGCUGGUAACAGUGUUAUGAUUAAAAAUGUCGAUAAGACGAUCGACAAAGAUUUUGAUAUUGAAGAACGUAGAUACAGAGUGUUACAAAAGGCAGGAGAUGCAUUACAAAAGGAGGCUAAAGGAUACUUAGAUUCAUUGAGAGCAGUGACAGCAUCUCAAGUUACUGUAGCAGAAGUGAUAUCGAACCUAUAUGACGAUUCUAAAUUUAUCAACAGUUCUACAGGUGGGUAUAACGUCGGUAACUACUAUUUACAAUGCGUACAAGAUUUUGACACGGAAACUGUGAAGCAACUAGAUGGUCCAUUUAGAGAGACCGUUCUUGACCCAGUCACCAAAUUUUCCGGUUACUUCAAAGAAAUUAACGAAGCUAUGAAGAAAAGGGAACACAAGAAGCAGGAUUACGAUGCUGCAAAGGCCAAGACACGUAGACUCGUUGAUAAACCUGCUAAGGACGCAACGAAAUUACCUCGUGCUGAAAAGGAACUAAAUCUAGCUAAAGAUGUUUAUGAAAAUCUAAAUGAAUCAUUAAAGCAAGAAUUACCACAAUUAGUUGCAUUAAGAGUGCCCUACUACGAUCCAAGUUUUGAAGCAUUGGUUAAGAUUCAGCUAAGGUUCUGUACCGAUGGUUAUACUCGUCUGGCGCAAAUUCAACAAUACUUAGAUCAACAGUCAAGAGACGAUUAUGCUAACGGAUUACUUGACGAUAGAAUCGAUAGCUUAUUACAACAGAUGCAAUCUCUCGAUAUCUGCGCCCUGGGCAUUAAAUGA